AUGUCUUUUCUUGGUAUCAUUUCUUACAUUGUAGUCCUACCUGUCCUUCUAUGGUACAAUUACACACCUUGGAUAGGGUGUCUAUUGUACUGCCAUGCUCUUGGUCUGGCGUAUUUGUUGUCCAGUAUGUUGUUUCAAUUCCCUUCCCCUCAAAAAGAACGGAACAAGGGCGAAAUCUAUGGUCUACACCAUUUGUUAUUUAAUCUUGAUAUUCCUCCAAAGACCUUUUGGCUCAAUAUGGGAUUGUGGGAUGAUGAUAAGAUUUCGUACAAAGAUGCUUGCGAACGAUUGGUGACAAAGGCAACAGAAAAUAUUCCCCCCAAUACAGAGAAAAGGAUAUUGGAUGUAGGAUAUGGCUGUGGCGACUCAUGCUUUCUUUUAGCAAGAAAUGAAAAAUGCACUGUAACUGGAAUUACGAAUGAAGCCAGUCAAUGGAAACUAUCUCAACGUCGACUGUCACUCGAUUACAAAAGUCUUGAGAAUCGGGUGUCUCUAGUCCAUGGUUCAGCAGACCAACUCAGCCGCUGUCUAAAAGACGAAGACAUGUUUGAAUCUAUUGUUUCGAUCGAUUCUGCAUAUCACUAUAACACCCGCUGGCGUUUUAUCAGGGACAGUUUCGAACGUCUCGUGCCAGGCGGUACUUUGUCGCUCUAUGACCUCACAUUAGAUCCUUUACUGUUGGAAUCAAUGACGCCUUUGAAAUGCCAGGUCCUCAAUUUGAUCUGCAAGGCGGUCGAGAUUCCUCUAGAGAAUGCAGUGUCUGCGGAGAUCUACAAAGAGAAGCUGGUAGAAAUGGGAUACGUAGAUGUGGCUGUUGAACCUGUCGAUCGUAAAUGUAUUUUCGGUGGAUUUGCAAAGGCAAUGGAAUAUCACCAAAAGGUUUUGGGUGCAAAUGAGAUUAGUACCAAUCUAGAAAAUAGAAUCUUUAUCAAGGUCUCUGUGUUCUUCUUUGGCCUUUUGGCUAAUCAUGCAUGGGUACAACCCGUCUUUGUAAAGGCAUCAAAGCCACUAAAGUAG